GCUCAUCACAGAUCAUAUUAUCCAGUAAUAUACUAAUAUCCAUUCUAUUUUUUAUAGAAUCUACACUAUACAGUUCUACAUGGUUGUCGGUUGAUGGUUCUCUUUGAUUCUACACUGGUGACUACCGAUUUGCCUGUGUCAACUAUUAAUUUAAUAAUGUAUUAAUUUGUUAUUUACUUAUUUAACUUGACUUUACUCACGUUAGUACUUAGUACACAGUGUUCGUGAAUAUGACGACAUUAAGAGAACUGAAUAUGAAACAUAAGGGAAUUAUGAAAAAAAAUAUUAGGCCGAGAUGUACUAUUACAGAUCCUUAUGAAAAAUUUUGGCCACUUUUAGAUUUAGAAAAAUCUCAAUUACUGGUCGAUGAAAUGGAAAAAACUAUAUCUAAAGAAAAUGGUAAAUUAAAAGUAAAUUGGUUUACUGUUAAGAAAUUACCAUUGGAUAUACGAAAAUGUGAAAUUAAGAAUCUUUCCAACACACAUAAGAAUAAUAUAAGUCUUGAUUUAAAAGCACAAAGAUCAGUUUUGAAAAUGGGUAUCAAUGAAGUUAGUAGAUGUGUUGAAAAAGAUCAAAUAGCUUGUUGUUUGAUAGCAGAAGAUGUAGCAAACUGUAUGAUUGCAAAGCAUUUGCUUUUUAUGACUGCUGCAAAAAAAAUACCAGUCCUAAUUCUUCCAGAUAUGCAUUGUAUCACAAAACGUAUUAUAGGUUUUUCUUCUGCAGUGUUAGGAUUGAAGAGUGAUGUAAUAAAUAGAACAGAAAUUUCCUUGCAUAAUCUCUAUCAAACUAUUAUUAAAUUAUCAAAUAAAUUUAAAAAUCCAUACAUUAAGCAAAUUGAUAUGAGAGAAUUGAAAUCUACAGAAAUCCCCUCAAGAGUAAAUGUUAAUAUUGAAAAUUAUUUACUUAAAAAGCCACGAGAAGGUAGGGCUUUUGUACCAGAAGAAACAUCAAAUGUACAGUUAUUAAAUGAUUUAUCAUUUAUACCAAUUGAAAAAAUGGUAGUUGAAAAACAACAACAUUUUGAACUUGAAGAAAAACUAUUUGAAAUACCAAUAACUACUGAUUUAUUUAGUAUAGAUACUAAACCAACAAGCAUUGAAGAUAUAGGUGAAUCUGUGGAACGCAAAACCAAAGAGUUUAGAGAGCCUUUAGUGAGAUAUCAUGGAUUAAAAAUUAAAAAAAUUAAACCCAAUCCCAAAAGAAAGCCCAAAGAGAAAGAAAAUAGUUAAUACAAACACAAAAAAAUAUUACAAUUAACAUUAUUAUUGUCAAUUUAAGUUGUUUAAUAUAAAAAAAAUAUAUACAUAAAUAAAUUAUACUAAGUAUUGUAAA